AUGAAGCUUAUCGUCGAUUCUCUCGCCGCGUUCGUACACAACAGACAGGCACGCGCAGCAUACGACUCGCCUGCCUCCAGUCGACUCGUCGGACGAGAUCGCUGGGAUCGAUCUGCGCGGGUUCGCUCCAAUUUCUACAAGGUCACCAACACCAAUACGCUCUCGCACGCCGUCGCAGGAGACGAGGGUGCGCCUGCCGCAGCCGUUCCAGACACAGUGGUGGGCCGGUGUGUCCCUCCCCUGGAAGGUCUAGAACGGUACUGGGGUGAGGGCGUACGUGACCUGAACAACCGCCGGUUCGUGUUACAAUGCAUGCAGAUGUUCAUGGCUCACGUCUGGGUGAGUGACUCGCACUGGAACACAUCAAUUAGCUGA